UCCAUCAUCUCCCAGUCGCAUCGACUCUCUCCGUCUGCUGCUUCCAUAUAUUCUGCCGUUUCCUAAAGUAGCAACUGACCUAUAUCUCUCUCUUCUCUCUCUUCUCUCUCUCUCUCUCUCUCUCUCUCUUUGUGCAAGAACUGGCUAACUCAGGGGAAAUUGUGGAUGAGUCUGGAAACAAUAGGGUGGUGCGCGCCCUGUACCAAGCGUUGAGCGCUCGAGACGUCGAUACGGUGCACAAGCUCCUGGCCCCCGACCUCGAGUGGUGGUUCCAUGGCCCCCCGUCCCACCAGUUUAUGAUGCGACUGCUCACCGGCACUGCCUCCUCCGACGCCGCCGACGACUUCGAAUUCGCUCCGCAGUCCGUCGCCGCCUUUGGGUCCACCGUCCUCGUCGAGGGCUGCGACCACACUCGAUCCAUCUCCUGGGUCCACGCCUGGACCGUCACGGAUGGGAUAAUCACCCAGGUUAGAGAGUACUUCAACACGUCCCUCACCGUUACCGUCCUCGGCAGCAACAGCGCCGACCCAUCACCCUCCACGUCCCCCAUCUCCGCCCUCCACUGCCCCUCCGUCUGGGAGAGCCGCCUCUCCAAUCAAGUCGGGAAAUCCGUGCCUGGCCUCGUCCUCGCCAUAUAAUUAAUUUGAUCCGCUACGGCCGCGUGUACUGUAAUAUCGUAGAAUAAAGAGGGAAGGUACAACCGGCUAGCGUGUACGCGCUGAGAGGUGAGGUACCUUGGCGUCUAAAACAAUGUAAGACCAGUUUCUGUUUUGAGUGUGUUUAGCUUCGCUUUCGCUUCGUCCCGUGUGUGUGCGUGUGUAUCUCAUUUUCAAGCUUGGGGUUGUUUGGUUACAGUUUUAUCCGUGUCCUGGGCGGUAGGAUCGACCGCCGACCAUGGUUUCCGACGCGUCUGUACUGUGGUUUGUUUGUUAUCCAAUAAAAAUAGUUUUACUUCCAGAAA